AGCACAGCUGGACAGGCAGCUUUUCCGGACCCGACCCACACGAGCCCAGGACUGAGAGUGGUACCAAUGGGCGAGGGUGAGGAGGUAGCUUUGGGGCCCUGACAUCGACCCAAGCAGCAGGAAGAGAAAGGUUAAGGAUGGUACAUGGGAUGGGUGAUGCCGGCUGCUGGCUCCUGCUUGGGCUGUCCCUCCUCCCUCUCUUCGGGCUGGGCUCCCAGGACAAUGGGAAGGUGAUUCGCAUCAACAAGGUCCAGCACCAGCCGCUGCGUGUGGGGCUGGCUGAGCCAGUGGCCCUGCCCUGCCUCUUCUUGCUCCAGCCUUCGGCCUCGCUGGGGCCCAAUGAGCCACCGGACCCGCCUCGCAUCAAAUGGAGCAAGGUGCAGGCGGCAUCUGGGCAGAAGGAGGACGUGCCAGUCCUGGUGGCCAAGGAUAACGUGGUGAAGGUGGUGAAAGCCUACGAGGGGAGGGUGUCCCUGCCUGGCUACCCCAGCAACCGCUACAACGCCACCCUGGUGAUCAGCGCGGCGCGGGCCAGCGACGCUGGGCUGUACCGCUGCGAGGUGGUGGCCGGUGUCGACGACGAGCAGGACCUGCUGCCCCUGGAGGUCACGGGCGUGGUGUUCCACUACCGAGCCGCCAGCAACCGCUAUGCGCUGACCUUCCCUGAGGCCCAGCACACCUGCCGGGAGAACUCCGCCGUCAUCGCCUCCCCGCGUCACCUGCAGGCUGCCUUCGAAGAUGGCUACGACAACUGCGAUGCUGGUUGGCUGGCCGACCAGACCGUCCGGUACCCCAUCACGCUCUCCAGACCUGGCUGCUACGGAGACCGCAGCAGCCUCCCGGGCAUCCGCAGCUACGGGGAGCGGGAAGCCAGCGAAGCCUAUGAUGUCUACUGCUACGCCAGGGAGCUCCGAGGGAAAGUGUUCUACGUCUCCACGCCCGGACGGCUGACGUCUCAGGGAGCCAGGAAGCACUGCCAGAGCCGGGGGGCCUCGCUAGCCACCACGGGCCAGCUGUACUUAGCCUGGAGGGACGGCUUGGACCAGUGCGACCCAGGCUGGCUGGCUGACGGAAGCGUCCGCUACCCAAUCAGGACCCCACGUAAAAAAUGUGGCGGGGACGAGCCGGGCGUGAGGACCGUGUACCAGUUCCCCAACCGGACAGGCUUCCCGGACCCAGCCUCCAAGUUUGACGCCUACUGCUACAAAGCGGGUCAGCAGCCAUCCCCGUCGCAGAAGAAACCAGACGAGUUGAGGCCUGAGAAAACAGAGAGCAGCCUGGACCGCCGGCAGCCGGAGCAGGAUCUGGAUGGGUUGGAGCCGGCGGGGCCUGACCCUCUGGGCAUUGACAACGUCUUGGUGGAACAUGCCGAGGAGCAGCUGCCUCUGGCGCGAAACGAGCCGAUUCCCAAGGAGCGCAAAGACCCCAGCGUGUCCGGGGACUCCAGGGAGAUCACCCGCGAUCGCUACAACCUGUGGCACAAGCUGCUGGGGCCAGUCCUGACGGAGGAUGAGCAGCUGCAGCUGGUGACGGCUAGCCAGGCCCCCCAGGGGGGAUCCGAGAGGGCAGCAGCCACGGUAGCUCCCGCUCUGGAAGGGGCCGGGGUUCUGGCUGACACUGUGUCUCCGAAACCCUCUUCAGUCUCCUUUCCGGCUGGGCCGGGGGAAGAUCAGUCUCUGAAUAUGGUCGACCAGGCACCAGCGCAUGGGGUGAGCAGCGACCAGGGAGCCCAUGAGCCGCUGGGCUUCACCACAGGCCGCUGGGAGGAGACUCCUGGCCCCAGCCAGCUGUCCUCUGAGGAAAGAGACGCCCCAGCCCUGGGGGAGACCACCGAUGCCUUCCAGCCAACCUGGCACACUGGCAUCACGCAGGGGCCCCUGUCAGCUGAUCCGCAGCCACCUUCCCAAAGCCCUGCCCCAGAGCUUCCCCAGGAAGGAGCCGCUAGCACUGUGGCCCAGGAUAGCAUGGGGGCAUCAUCCGCUGCCAACAAGCCUGAGCAGCUGAGCCCCGCUGCUCCGGAUGAACCCAGCCAUCUGCCCCACGGCCCCGAACCUACCAAGAAGAGCGUCUCCUCGGGGCUGAACGGCCGCUACUUCCAGCUGCAGCGCGAGGGACAAGCCCAGGACGUGGACGGGAACGCUUGGGGGGGCCUCACGCCCGCCCCUGGCCUGGCACAGGAGAUGAAAGGCAGAGUGGACAACGCAGUCGAGAUCCUUCCCACAGCCAACCCCACUGCCAAGGCCCACGCAGGGGAAGGCGCCUACCCCAUCUCCAACGAAGUGGACGGGCAGGCCGAGGGGCAGGCCGGCUACAAGCAAAGGGGAUCAGCACACCCAUGGCUCCCGCAGAUGGGGACAACCCCAGCGCCCCCCUUGCCAUCCGCUCCCGGCCAGAAAGAACAGCCGCAAUGGACCCUCCGCCUGACACCGCCGCUCCCCCAGCACAGCCGUGGGGCUCCCACUGACCACCCCCCGUCCAGCAACAGUCCUUGGGCAGGGCAGGCGAUCGAUACCAGCGGGAUGGGAGAGUCACUGAUGGGUACUCGGGGGGCGGCAGAGACAGCAGCCAGCGCAGAGGAGGGAAGACAGGACUGGAGCUCUGACAGCAGCCCGACGCCGGCAGCCAGUGGACUGUCUCUGGGCCCGGCCGGCACCCUGACCCCAGGAAACGCUCUCAGUCCCCUGGAGGAGGCUGCUCUCGACCCGCCGCUCCCCAGCUCCAGCGUCCGAGGCGACUACCCCCAGGCGGGCGGCCUGGGGCUGCCACCCCCUGGGGAGGAUGCGGAGGAUUCCUCUGGGGAGAUCACCUCCAGUGAGGAGGGUGCCACCCCCAUCCCACCGCUGCCUGCCCUCCCCAGGGCCCCCCUGCAUGCACUACUCCCCCCCCACGCUGAGGAGCCAGGGGCGCCCCCCUCCGCCCAUCCCCACCCCGGGGGCAGCGAAGGCAGCGGCGCUGCGGAGUACAGCUUCCCGGAGAGGAAGGGCAAAGCCGUGAGCUUUACUGAGAGGUUCAUUUCCUUGGCUGGCCGCGCUGGCAGCCCAGCAGCCAGCACUGAGAGCUCCGGCUCCAAGGAUCCCAGGGAGAGAGCUGGCACGGGCGCCCACAGGGCUCUGGGCUUGGAGUCUCUGGAUGAACCCCCGGGGACAGAGGAAACGCUGCCCAGCCUGCCUGGCCCAGCCUGGGAGCUGAGAGACGAGCAGGCUGAGCUGCAAGGCGAAGGCGCGGUCACUCAUCCCGCCGAGGAGAUUCCAUCCCCAGAACCCACCCGCUCUGACCCUUGGGUGGCACCAGCCAGGCACAGCGAGCCGGCCAGCCGCGAACCUGCCACGCAGCCCAGCCCAGCCUGGGCAAUGGCAGCCGGCCAGCCGCAGCCACAGGAGCUGGAGGGGGAGGACGUGUACUUGGCUGCAGCACUGUCCGGGGACGGGUCAGCGGAGCAGACUGUGGGUCCCCCGACACUGCCUUUUGGCACCACCCAGACCAUGGCUCUGGGCCCCUACAAGCCAGCAGGGACCAACUGGCCGGUGACCAGGAGGGGGCAGAUGGUGGCAGCAGCUGCCAUCAGCCUCCUACAGCCAUCGCUGGCAAUCACGGAGCCUGCCCGCUCCCCCGCAGCGGGUCCCACGCUCCCCGGCGCUGUUGCUAACCGAGCCCCUGCAGCAGGACCAGCCCAGGCUGCUGUCACAAUGACUGGGCUGCCAGGAACCACCGGCGCCACGGGGCUUGAGAGCUCACCCUCCACACCGGCUGCUGCAAGCCACACAGAGCCCAACGCGGAGGAUGUCUCAGGGGAAGCCAAGAGGGAGGAGCCCCUGACGCCGUGGGGCUCUGCAGCUGGGCCACCCCAGCUGGAACAAAGGCCAAGGGUGAGCGCCAGCCCUCAGGACCCCCUGCCCAGCUUGCCGACUGACUUGUCCCCGCUGGUUGCCGGGUCCCGGGAGGAAGGCAGCCUGGAGCCCGCCGUGCACACCAGCCAGGCCUUCGAGGAACCCAAGGCGGAGCUGGACAGAUUCGUUCUCCAGCCCGUGAUUGACGAGGCCCAGGGGCUUUUGCUGGCGGACAGGGAGGCCGACAGCGGGAGCGGAGAGGAGCAAGUGCUGCCGUUUGUGGGGGAGAAGGAGAGCCCGGCCUGGACCAGGGAGGGCAAGGCCAGCACACUGGCUCAGGCCGACCCCUGCGAGACUAACCCCUGCCUGCACGGUGGGACCUGCCAGUCCAACGGAACCAUCUACAGCUGCAGCUGCGACCAGGGCUUCACCGGGGAGAACUGCGAAAUAGAUAUUGACGAUUGCCUAUCCAGCCCGUGUCAGAACGGAGGCACCUGCAUCGACGAGAUAAACUCCUUCGUCUGCCUCUGCCUGCCCAGCUAUGGGGACAGCCUGUGUGAGAAAGACACGGAGGGAUGCGAUCAUGGCUGGCACAAGUUCCAGGGCCACUGCUACCGCUACUUUGCGCACCGGCGCUCCUGGGAGGACGCGGAGCGGGACUGCCGCCGGCGCGCCGGCCACCUGGCCAGCAUCCACUCGCCAGAGGAGCAUGGCUUCAUUAACAGCUUUGGGCACGAGAACACCUGGAUUGGGCUCAAUGACCGGAUUGUGGAGCAGGAUUUCCAGUGGACGGAUAACACGGGCCUGCAAUAUGAGAACUGGCGGGAGAACCAGCCCGACAACUUCUUCGCGGGCGGCGAGGACUGCGUGGUGCUGGUGUCCCACGAGAUCGGCAAGUGGAACGACGUCCCCUGCAACUACAACCUGCCGUACAUCUGCAAGAAAGGCACAGUGCUGUGCGGGCCGCCCCCGGCCGUGGAGAACGCCUUCCCCGUCGGCAAGCAGAAGGAGAAGUACAGUAUCCACUCGACCGUCCGGUACCAGUGCGAGGGUGGCUUCACCCAGAGGCACGUCCCCACCAUCAAAUGCCACAGCAACGGGAAGUGGGACAGACCAAAACUCCUCUGCACAAAACCCAGAAGGUCCCACAGAACCCGGCGCCACCACCGCCGCCACCACAGCCACCCGCGCCACCACCACAACUCCCGCAAGGAGCGGAGAAAACACAGGAAGCAGCUCCAGUUGGACUGGAUGGAGGAAGGGAACUACUUCUAGAGGCUGGUGACGAGCAAGCACCAGUCCCCUCCCCUCCCCCCGCCCCGGGAUGAGCCGGGCACGUGUGUGUGAUGGGACAGGGCAACUUCUACUGACACCCCCCCGACCCCCUUUUCUAAACCUCUUUGCUUUCAUUCCUUAGGGUGCCCCCAUCGCCUGUGUGCCUGGGGGGGUACAUGUGUGUGCGUUUGUGUCCCUCUGUGCGUCCACACGGCCUUGACUCUGCUGGUGCUCAGUCCCUCCAGGAGCCACUCAGCACCAUGCAGGGUCCAGUCGUUGGGCUCCACCCGUCCCGGCUCCCACUGAGCGCAGAGGCCAGGCCAGGCUCCCAGGUCGGGUCCAUACUGUCCUAGCACGUCCGUGCAGGGCCUGAUCCUCAGCUAGUGUCAACUGAGGCCACUGUCCACUUCAGUGGCUUUACCCCGAUUCCCACCGGUGGGGGGACGGGGGGCUCUGGCCCGGUUUGGUACGUCUACACGGCAAAACAACCCCGCGGCAGCGAGUCUCAGAGCCCGGCCUCUGAGACUUACUGUGGGGGGUUGUUGUGGGAACGUAGAUGUACCCACUGACUCCAGUGGAGCCUGGCGGAUUCACUCCAGCUGGGAUCUGGCCCGUGUUCCCAGCUGUUCCCCUCCCCAUCUCUGGCUCCUCUUCUGGGCAAGACCCCAGUGUGAGUCCUCAUCCCCAAUCCCACUGGCCUUCUGCAGGGAGACUCCAGCUUUUUAAUAAACAACCCCCCUUCCUUUUUGUCCCCCCCCCCAAGUAGGAGGUCCCUAUAGUCCCCUCCCUGCCAGGCCCCCUCUUCCGCUCCUCCCCCAGUGGCAUCUGUGAUCCAUUCUCUUCCUUUCGGAUCCAGUGGUUUCCUGCCUGGCUAGAAGUGCAGAAGCCCAGAGCAGGAGGCAGGCUCACAGUCACAGCACUGAAGGUUUCUCAGUAUUUGAAAACGACCGUCCUUACUCAAACCAAGGGCCGUUCCCAUAGGAGCCCAGUGGCUGACAAUCCUUUUCCAGCUUCGGUCCCCCCAACAGACCGGGAGAGCAAAGCGGCCCCAGCCACCGGCAGGUUACAACGCAGAGAGCAGCUCCCUUCCAUCCGCCUUCGUUUCAUUUGCUGUCUCCCUUUCCCCGGGGCGAGAGGCAACGGGCAGAAAACGCACCGUAGGAAAGACAAGGGGGAGCAGGCGGCCCUUGAGAUCCAGUAUUGCUCUGGGGUUGGGACGCUUCUCAAUAGAAAACAGACGGAACCCGUCCAGGGCAGGGUCUGUUCUCGCCUUUCCGUCCCUUCCCCAUUGGGCAGCAGCAGGCCCAGUUACACUUUCUUUCUGUGCUGACGGUUCUGCCUGGCUCCAGCCCCCGCCCCAGGACAGACGUACCAGGGAUCCAGGGUCUGCUUUUCGUUUUCUUUGCCAUUUUAAAGCACUGAUCUUACAAACAUGUGACAUGAGCAAUCCCCUGGGGCCAGGCCCUCAGCAGAGCUACGCCAGUUUAUACCAGCUGCAGAGCUGGUCCGUUGACUCCAGUGGAGCUGGGCUGAUUUACAGCAACUGGAGCUCUGGCCCCAUUGACUUCAGUGGGGCUGCUUGUGUGAGUGACGUUACCCCAGUGCGUAAGGGCUACAUUCUGCCACCGUCACUGGAGCUGCCUGGCUGAUUUCAAUGGGCCUUGAGCAAAAGGGAAUUGCCCACGGGGCGAAAUUCAGCUGUGGACAGGGGUCGGCACAAGGACUAUGCACCAAUCCAAACGGAGAGUCUCCCGUUUUGGAUGGCAGCAUCUGGAGCCCCCAACUGAGAUUGGGCCCCAUUGUGCCGGGUGCUGCACAGCAGAGCUGGCCCAGCUCCACACAGCUCACAGCCUGAACAGACAAAGGGCAGAAGGAGAAGCAGAGGCCUUGAGGGGGGAAGUGACUCCCCCGAGGCAGAGACAGGACUGGAACCCGCCCUCCCCAGUCCCGUCCACUAGACCCCGCUGCCUCUGCCUUACAUCCAAACGAGCGGGACUGAUUCGCACCAAGGGAGUGUGGGUCUGUGCCGGAGCUGGAGGUGUUAUUCCAACUCGCCUGGCUGCACCCGCUCGCACCAGUGCCUAGAAAUGGAAGUGUAGCCCUGCGCGCGUCACCUAGCGCCUCAGCUGGGCCGUCCCGCUGCUAGCACUGCCCGGGCUCAUUGCAAAUGACACCUUCAGCUCCAGAGCAGUCGUAGCCUUGUGCCGGGCCUUUCGCACGGGGAGGGGGCUGAAUUUCCCCCAAGGUUGACAGAACCGGUCCCAAUGCCUUUGCAGGAUCGUGGCCCUCGCGGUUUGUUUUGGGGUUGGUUUUUUUUUUCUGUUUGUCGUCAUUUACUCGGGUUGAUUUGGUGUGUGCGUGUGUGCGCGUGUGUGUGGCAGCGCAGCCAGCUGCUUUCCAGUCUCUGCUGUUUGCGAUGUGAGCGCAGUGUCCUGUACCCCCAGCCCCCGUGGCAGUGCUGACACGCUGCGUUUCUGUAUUGCUGGACAUUUUAAUAAAU